UUUUUUUUGAAACUCGAAACACUCAUUCCCUUAACAAUUUUUUCUUGUUCUUUUUUCUCUCUUUUAUUUUCUAUUUUCAUACAUGAUAAACUCAUUAUUUGUCAUUAAUCCGCAAGGAAAGAUUAUUAUUGAAAAACAUUGGCGUGGCAUUAUAUCGCGACAAAUAGUGGACGUAUUCAAUGAUGAAAGCUUCAAAUUUAUGAACUCACCUCCAGGAACAUUGGAUAAGAAUGACCUCGGUACGAGUGGAAAAGAAUCCUUUUUUACUAAACAAGAUAUCCCUCCUGUAUUGGAAUCUAACAAGUUUUGGCUUCUCAACGUUUUCAGAGAUGACUUGACAUGGUUAUGUCCUGUGGAUAAAGAAGUUGAUCCUAUGCUGGUAUUUGAAUUCCUUCAUCGUAUUAUUGAUGUUCUCACAGAUUAUCUAGGUGAUAUUUCUGAAGCUUCUAUCCGUGAAAAUUUUGUUACUGUAUAUCAAUUACUAGAAGAGAUGAUGGAUUAUGGCUAUCCUUUGACGACGGAACCAAAUGCAUUGAAGGAAAUCAUCAUGCCACCUACGAUGAUCAAUAAAGUAAUGACUACUGUUGGAGCUGCUGCUGGUGUGGCUCCCAAAUUCCCACAAAAUAUGUCCAAUAUCCCAUGGAGAAAAGCAGGUGUCAAAUAUACACAAAAUGAAAUUUACUUUGAUAUUAUAGAAGAAAUUGAUGCCACUGUUGCAGCGAAUGGUACAGUUGUCUCUUGUGAAGCUCAUGGUACUGUGGUGGCUAAUAGUCGAUUGUCUGGGAUGCCUGAUUUGACUCUUAGCUUUACGAAUCCUAGAUUGAUUGAUGAUGAAAGUUUUCAUCCUUGUGUCCGAUAUCGUAAAUGGGAAAGUGAAAAAGUUUUAUCCUUUGUACCUCCAGAUGGUCAUUUCAAAUUAAUGUCUUACAGGGUUGCAUUAUCACCUCAUCAAGCAAUGCCAUUACAAGUCAAACCACAAAUCCUUCCUACCAAGAAUGGUGGUAAAUUCGACAUAUCAGUACUUCCACGAUCUACUGAUGGCAAACCUAUUGAACGGAUCGCCAUAUCUUUACCUAUGCCAAAAUCAACGACUAGUGUUAAUGCAACUUGCAAUGUUGGAAAUUAUAUGUAUGAUCCAGUGACAAAGACUAUCAACUGGGAAAUUGGAAAAUUACAGCAACGGGAAAGAGCUCCUAUGUUAUCUGGUACUUUCAAUACAAGUGACGCACAACCUGAAGUAAGUCUGACUGUUGGUGUGGAUUUCCAAAUUAGCAUGUAUUCUGUAUCAGGAUUGAAAGUCGAUAGUCUGCGUUUAUUCCAUGAAGGCUACAAACCAUACAAAGGAGUGCGGAGUAUGACCAAGGCUGGGAAAUUCCAAGUACGUGCAUAGUUUGACUGUUAAUUAGUUAGUUAGUUAUUGUAGAUCUCAUCUGUUUAUUUUAUCCCUUCAUAUAAUAAAAAUGAUCUUUGUUUUUAUACCAUAGACUUUAGCUAAAUUCAUCAUCAUCAAUCAUUGUCAUCAUCAAACGCUAUCAAUAAAAACAAUUCAGGGCCGAAUUAUUUUAUUAUUAUUAUUUUUUUUUUUUCAAAUACAACAAUCAACAU